AUGGCGCCCAUGGCAGCUGCUGCGCGGGCUCGCGCCGUCGCCGUCGUCUCGAGGUCCAACCUGGCCUCGUCCUCGUCCCUCCACGCCGUCCGAUCGAUCCACUCGACCCGCGCCGUCAAGGCUGCCGAGUCGUCGGCCUCGUCCUCGUCGGCCGAAGACGAGUACCCUCCCGAAGGCUUCACCUCUCCGAUCUGGGGCUACACGCUGCUGGCCGGACUGGCCGGAGCGGGCAUCUACCGCCUGUCUACGCUGCACGCCGACCCGCACCCGUCGCGGGCGUCGUCGUCGGGCCGCUCGGCGCCCGGCAACGAGUCGGACGACGAGCUGCCCAAGCCGUGGCUGACGCGCUACAUUGAGCACUGGACGACGCCCUCGUCGGUGUGGAAGGAGAGGAACCUCCGCCACCUCGAAAUGGCGCGGGAAAAGGCAGAGGAGCGGCUCCUCCUCCAGGACGCCGAGAGGCCCCCCGUCCACAGGCUCAGGUUCCCUCAGACGUUUGAGCAGGCCUCGCCGCACAACAUUGCCCCGGGCACGCAGGCGGACCUGUCGGGUCUCAAGAUCAAGCGCUCCUCGGAGUAG